AUGUGGUUCGGUGCUAGCUUUGGCUAUCUUCGUCGCUUACGCUCUAACAUCAAGCUACAAGAAGAGCACCUCGAAGCUUUCUACAUGGACCUGGAGAAGUUCUACCGGCAAGAACAUAUGUUCUACAAGGUCAUAAUUAACUAUCCAUGGGAACUCGCAAAACCAGAAGUGUACUGUAGUAAAAUCGACCGCAUCAUCGUCAGUAAAAGGUUUUGCCUGACGGAUGCUGCUGUUGUGCUAAAGUUCUUUACGGGAUCGGACCAUCGUCUCCUCCGAGGAAGAUUUUCCUUCACAAGGAGAGAAGAGAAAGCCGCCAAAUUCAGGGAGAGAAAUCCCAGAACUACCAUCAACUGGGAUUUCUUCGCUACGCUAGCCGGAUUUUGGGAAGAUUCCGCAAUGGACAACAUCAACGAGGAAUAUGACCGACUCGUUGAACAUCUUCACGACGCGCGAAGAAGGCUGAGAGUUUUAAAACCACCAAGAGACGCUUGUCUCUUCAAACUCUUGAGCUGA